CAGUGGUCAAGUAUCAGGUGUCAGUGCACCUGGGAGAUGUCCCCAAGCCUGGGUCCGGCCUGCAGCUGUAUGUGGAGAUAUUCGGGGAGGCAGGCAGCACUGGCCACAGAACACUGAAGCGCUCCGUCAAUAACGCCAAGACCUUCCAGCCAAACCAGACGGACGAGUUUCAGAUAGAGGCUGUGUCAGUGUUGGACAUUGAGCGAGUCAUCGUCGGACACACAUACAGGGAGAAAGGUAGAGGAUUAUACCUGAAGAAGAUGGUUGUCAAGGAGACGACAGAAACAAACAGGGAAUAUGUCUUUGUAUGUAACAGAUGGCUGGAUCAGGGGCAGGAUGACCAUGCUAUAGAGAGGGCCCUGGUGCCGCACUCCGGGCCUGUCGUUGACGCACCUCCACCCACCUCACGUGCCUCACCUGCCGCCAAGCAGAAGACACCUUCACCUAAACCUCAGUCACCGACAGGUGACCCAUGGACAGUGUGGACAACAACCGGCGCCAACAGAGGGGAUGGCACUGAAAAUGCCGUCACCCUCGUGCUGUACGGAGACAAAGGUCACAGUGAGCCAGUCAUCAUCGGGGAACAAGACGACUUCAAGUUCAGACCAGGAGCAAAAGACAAGUUUGAUGUGCGGGUGAGUCGAGACGUCGGUGAGGUGUACAAGGUGCGGCUGGCGUUCGACGGGGCGGCAGAUCGGCAAAAGGAGUGGUACGCGGACUUCAGUUCCUGCCCCGCCUGGCUCCCAGACAGCGUGACGGUGAUGAACAACAAGACAAGGAAGGAGUACACAUUCCAGGGUCAGAAGUGGGUGCGAGUGACAGACUAUGCGGACUGUGCCCUAGAGCUACCCGUGUACAACAAGGACGAAGACAAGAUGCUGCAGGUGUACAAGUACCAUGUUGAGGUGUUCACGGGCGAUGUGAAAUAUGCUGGCACCGACGCCAAUGUCUACAUACAGAUAUAUGGCGACAGGGGCGACACUGGCACCAGACAUCUCCAUGGGUCUUACACCAAUGCUAACAAGUUUGAACAAGGCAAUUGCGAUCUGUUUGAGAUCGAGGCUGUGGAACUGGGCAAGCUGAAGAAGGUGAAGGUCAGCCAUGAUGGCUAUGGGUCUGGGUCGGGCUGGUUCCUGGACAAAGUUGUUAUAGAAGUCCCACAGGAGGGCAAUGAUAAAUACGUCUUCAAGUGUGCCAGAUGGCUGGACGAGGGUCAGGAUGACAAGACCCUGGAGCGUGUACUGCCAAUAACUGAAACCAUCAAGGCGAAGAAGCCAAAAGCCGGUGACUGGCAGGUGCUGGUGACGACAGGCGACGAGGAGGACAGCGCCACAGAUGCCCGUGUUUUCCUCACAGUCUACGGCGACCGCGGAAAGUCGGAGGAGGAGCGACUGCAGGGUCACUUCCAUGUCAGCAGGACUGACCACUUUGAUAUCUUUCUGGACCCCAAUAAGGUUGGGAAGAUCAGGAAGAUCCGUCUACGUCACGAUGACAGUGGGAUGGCGGCAGGCUGGAGAGUCAAACAGGUGGUGCUGAUCGACAGGGAGCGAGAUGAACGUCUUGAAUUCCCCAUCAACCGCUGGCUGUCCUUCUCAGAGAACCAUGGGGACAUCACUGUGGAGGUGCCAGCUCACUGGCCCAACAAAACCCCAGAAGCAGUGUACAAGUAUGUUGUCCAGACAACAACAGCCACAGACUGGGGGUCCGGCACUGAUGCCAGCGUCUACAUAAACCUCAUUGGAAGUAAAGGGGAUUCUGGGAAAAGAUUUCUUCGUAAUAGUCUGGAAGACAAGAACAAGUUUGAAACAGGAUCGGUGGACACGUUCCAAAUCGAGGCAGUGGACCUGGGACGUCUGGAGAAGGUGGUUGUCGGCCAUGAUGGCAGUGGGGCUGGAGCGGGUUGGAAGCUCGACUCCGUCACGGUCAAGAUCAACAACAAGGAACAGUUUGUCUUCCCCUAUGGACAAUGGAUAGACGAAGACAAAGAUGACAAACUGACAGAGGUAGAAAUCCCUCUCUCUAAAGUACACCGCAAGGGCAAGUAGAUUCUACAGCAGGCUCUUCAUCAGGGAAUUCCAGAACAUCCACAGUUCAUCAAGCAGAAUCUCAGCCCAAACUCCUCAGAGGGAACUGGCAUGUGUGACAUUGUGCAAUUUCCCCAAACAGACCCAGUGGCAUGAUGACAAAAGCACGUGAUGGCCGGUGUCUUAUCCUCAUCAACCUGGCAGUUCCUGACUGGCCUUCACAGAGCACGGACUUCAUGGCUUAAGUGUUCAUUGAAACACACAUCAAUCUCAUUAAAAUCAGAUCUUAGUUCUCGCUACAGCUAAACAAAGAUCUGAAGACAUCCCAUUACGGGUCACGUCAGACCG